AUGAUAUAAGCUGGCCUGUUUCCACUCUGUAUCGUUUUUUUUUUUUUUUUAAUUCAAAUUUAACACAUCCAUUAGUCAACUGCAAUAAUCAAUGACAAGAUUUCGAGAUACACUCGACAAUCGACAUUUACUGUAAGUGCAGUCACGCGGUUACUUACUUAAUGGCUUUUUUAAAAAUAUUUUCCCGAAUUUGACAAUAUUACAAUAUUAUUUACUAUGUCUGGUAUCUAUAGGCAUAUAGUAAAAUAUUGGAGUUGAUAUUCAAUUCUCAACACAAUAACAAUUGAUACACAGAGUUUACUGUUCGAAAAUGAACAUAUAGUACCUAUCGAUUUUGGACCUCUAUAAUUUUCUUGGUCCUUAACUUUUCAUGGACAACUGCUAGCCAAGUGCUAACGCAAAAUAAUAUUAAAUAUUAAUAUUAUUAUUAAUUAUUAUAAACUAUAAUAAACAUUCGAUAUUGAUACUAAAAAUAAUAAACAUUUUCCGGUGAAUGUGAUAAGAAAAUAUGGCAUCAUAAUAUAAAUUAUUUAAUCCAUGACUGAGGGUUAUAAAUAACUUAUAGAUGUAAAAUAUUACGAGAUAGAGUAAAUAAUAUUAUUAUUGUUUACGAGAUUACGACAUACCUUUUACCAGAUUUAACCUAAUAAUAUAAUAUCCCGCUAAAUUUGACUGAGAUGACUUAAUAACUAUUGUCAUUAAGCAUCGUGUUUUGUGCACUCGUGUCUUCCGGUGUUAUGUUCAAUUUAAUUAAUUUAAAAUGAAGCAUCAACAUUUCUAUUAUGUAAAAAACGGUUCCAAUAGUCGAGGAGUCUGUUACUACAAAUGUAAAUUUGCAUCGAAGUUUGGAUGUCCUGGUUCUAUGAAAGUUUGUGUCAAUGAUGGUUUAAAAAGAUAUGAGGUACUUAAACAUCAUAAUCAUUUAGUUAGUGACGAAGAUUCGAAUAUGAUUGAUUUUAAAAACAUUUUGAAACAAAGAAGUAAAAAUGAAAUUGGCUCACUAAAUGAAAUGUAUGAAGAAGAAGCAAGAUUAAAUCAGAAUGCUGCCGCUCAUUAUUCAUGGAAAACUGCUGAAAGUUUAAUGAGAAGUUGUCGAAAACGAUCAUUACCACCAUUACCAAACACGCUUCGUGAACUCGCAGAUCAAUUUGAGUCAAAUCUUUUAAACAGAUAUCAGACUGGUGGUGAACAAAUUUUUAAAGGCUGUGUUGAGGAUAUUACUGGUAAACAUUCAAUUGUAUUUGCUUGCCAAUCACUAAUUGAUCAAGCAUUACAAUUUGACAUUAAUCAAAUGCAUGUAGAUGCAACUUUUAAAGUAGUGCCUAGUAAACCAAAAUCCCAUCAACUUUUAAUAAUACAUGUCAUGAUAGACAACUAUAGCAUUCCUCUGGUGUAUGCACUUAUGGAAAAAAAAAGUGCCAAUGCGUAUAACUCUGUACUGAAUUUUGUAAAACAAAAUAUCUUACAACAAUUUAGACCUACAAUUGCAAUAACCGAUUACGAGACAGCAUUGAGGGAAAUGAUUGUAAGAAACUUUCCUUCGGCCACUAUUCACGGUUGCUGGUUCCACGUAAACCAAGCUGUGUGGCGUAAGAUGAAAAAACUAGGAUAUUUACAAUUAAUGAAAAACAACCCAUGGGCAGUUAAGAUCCUCCGAAUGUUAAUGGUGAUUCCUUUGCUUCCCGCUCAACGAAUCGAAGAAGGGUUUAAUGAAUUAAAGCGUUAUGCAGGAGCACACAAUGUUGACUUGCAUAUGCUUUUUGAUUAUUAUGAACGAUAUUGGUUAAGAAAUGUAGGAGUUGAAGUACUUUCUGUGUAUAAAAAAGUUUAUAGGACAAACAAUAAUAUUGAAUCUUUCCAUAAUAAACUAAGGCAAACUUUUCAAGUAUCACACCCUAACAUAUGGGCAUUUUUAGGAAAUUUAUGUAAAAUAAACACAAAUUAUUCAAUAAAGUUGAAUCAGUUGGAAAACGGUUUAGCUCUCUCUCGAAAUAUGAAAUCAAAGUAUAUAACAAACGAUUCUAGAAUUAGAACAGCUAGUCGUCAACUGCGUCAAGGUAGACUCAGCAUUAAAAGUUUCCUUUUAAGAUGUUCAUUCACCGUAGCAGGAUAUGAAGAAAGGAUGCGUUUUAUGGCGUUGGGUCAAAAUAAUAUAGAACCUUUGUUGAUGAAUGAUGAUAAUCUUGACGUUACUGUAGAAGAGCCUGCCUACAAUGUAGAAGAACCUCUGGUUAAUGAAGGUGUGCAUAACAUAAAUGCAAACAACUCAUUUGAUAUCGAUUCUGACAAUAGUGAUAGUAUGGUAUUUGUAAGACGUAGAAGAAGGAUUUUUAGCAUCACUGAUGAUGAAUCCGAAAAUGAAUCAAAUUGUUAUGGUGUUGAAAACCCAGAAGUUCCACAACAUGAACCUCAUAUUAAUAUUUUUGAUGAAUUCCCUAGCGAGUACAACGGGGAGCUUGAUCUACAAGGAGUAGAAGCAGUGGUUGACCAAAAUAAUGUUGACGUUGUCAUGUUGUUAGACAAUGACCCAGUUAAUGAUGAAGAUUUUAUCAUUCCUGAAGACAGAGAUCCAGAUAUAAUUUAUAUGAUGGAACUUGAUGCUAGGAGCAGACGGUUGGAAUUGGAGAAUAUUCCAUUUGUACCAGUACCAAUUGUCCUUCCUACCUUAGAAAAUCAAGAUUCAAAAUGUAUUAUAUGCACAGAGGCCGACAGAACACACGCAUUCAUUCCAUGUGGCCAUAAAAUUUUAUGUGGUGAUUGUGUGAAUCUGUUGGAACCCAAACGUUGUCCUGCGUGUAGUGAACAUUUCACUACCUCGCUUAGAAUUUGGUAAAACAUAAUUAUAAAAUAAAUACUUUGUUCAUAAUGA